AUGCAUAUGAACAAAAGAUAAACGAAAUGCAAGUUUUGUUUCACGAGGAACGGAACCAGCUCAUGGAACAAUACAAUUUGGCUGUACAAGAAAGAGACGAUAUGAAGAUGGAGAGAGAUUCAUUGAUACAGAAGAAUGAGCUGGUUGAAAGCAAACAUAGGAUUGACCUUGAGAAGAUUCGAUUGUCGUUGGAAGACGAGAGGCGAAAGCGGAUUGAUCAGGAGGGAGAGUUCAAGGCGCUUGUAGAAGAAAACCGUGAGCUCAAGGAGGCGUUUGUGAAGACAGAGAGCAUGAGGAAGGAAAAUGAGAGGCUGACCCAUCAGAUCAUCGAGUUGAAGAUGUUGGUGGACUCAGAUGAUAGGGCGCAUGUCGGGAAGAGAGCGACGGGAGCUCAUGAGAGCCAAGGGUCGUCGGAAUCCAGGAUAGCAGACUUGCAGAUCUUGGAGCACGAGGGGAUUCAUCACGAGGUCGGGUCCAGCGGCACUGCUUCUCCUCAAGCGAAAGGCAGCGAGCAACACGAUUCGAAUGGGAAAGUUGAAUGGAAGGUACAGAACAGCUCUCCGAUAUACGUGUCAAACAACGAAAGUCAACAACAUGGAGGAUUGAUCAAGGCGUUGCCCAUCGAGAAUGACGCCAUCCUCGGAAAGAAGUUCCCUGUUCACAUCCCAAAGCUCAAGCUGCCUGUGAACGAAAACGAUUCCAAGACGUUGCAACCAAGAGCGUCAAACUCUAGCACGGCUGGAAUAGGCAUGUCGUUUCACACGGACCCAGCUUCCAACAGGUACAUCAUCACCGACAUUCAUCCCGCAGGACCUGCCGGGAAGGCGCUGGAGGACGGGCUGAUGAUGAUAGGAGACACUCUGAUUGCUGUCAACGGCAAGAACGUGCAGUUCCAAACCCCCAAAC